AUGGCCAAAAACAUUGACGUUGAACUGUCUGGAAGCCUUAAGAAUGCUGAUCAGUGGGAUUGGCCACUGAACCGUAAUGAUGGCAUCGUCGAAAUCAUCAACACAGCUGACAAAUUUGAAGUCGUUUUAGAAGCCGCAUUCUUUAGCCCCAAAGAAAUUGAGGUAAAAGUCAUUGGAGACCAACUGGUGGUUCGUUGUUUGCACGAAUCACACUCUGCAGAGUUUGGAGAAGUUAAACGUGAAGUGAACCGUACUUAUAAGAUCCCGGAAGAAGUUGAUAAGAAAAGCAUCAAAUCAAAUUUGAAUUCCAAAGGCCACUUGAUCAUCACCGGUUCAAAACUAUCCAAAUAA